AUGCAGGCCAUCUCCCGGCCACCCGGGCAACAGCCUCCAGUCAAGAUAUAUAAUGCUGUUUAUUCCUCGGUACAGGUAUAUGAAUGCAUGGUCCGCGGCAUUGCCGUCAUGCGCAGACGAAGCGACUCCUACGUGAAUGCAACUCAAAUCCUCAAAGUCGCCGGCGUUGACAAAGGGCGCCGCACGAAGAUUCUGGAGAAGGAGAUUCUGCCCGGGAAACAUGAAAUCGUGCAGGGAGGCUACGGUAAAUACCAGGGCACAUGGAUCCCUCUUGAGCGAGGUCGUGACAUUGCCAUCCAGUAUGGCGUUGCACCUCUUCUAGCACCUCUCUUUGAUUUUGUCCCUAAUGCGAAUCCUCUCGGUAUCCCAGGAAAUUUUGUGCCUGCUGGCCUCGCCCCGCCGCCCAUCAUGCCCGGGUCCGCGCUGCGUCUCCUCAACCAAGGCCGUGCACAGGGCUUGUUUACACCAUCCACAUCAGGUAUGCAUCUAGUGCAGGCCAGUGUCCAGCCCUCAUCGGCACCGUAUACUCCAGGCGCAUAUGCGCAAUCUCCUUUUAACAUGGCUGCCGUCUCACCGACCCCUCCUCCUUCACUGAAACGCACACGAUCAGAGCUUGAGGCGGACAUGUCCGCUUCUUCCCCUACGCCACCAUUGCAAGCGCCUUCAGCCGCGCUUGCGGGAUCACCCGACCUUCAGAUGAUGGAUGGAUCACGACCACCGUCAACUGCUCCGCAAGUGGACUUCAAUGGAAAUCCCUCCCCAACCAAACGAGCGCGAUUGGACCCAUCGCCCCUUCAAUCCGAAAUGGUAGACCAUGGCAUACAGAUUUUUCAUCCCGACAUAGAAUCAGCAUCACACCAUUCCCCACGAACGGUUACAAACGGCGUUUCGCGUCCACCCAGCUCGCUAUCUACUCUUCCCAACGGGGGUCUGGCUGACAACCUUGAAGUUGUUGACCCACUCACUAUGAGAUUUGCCUCCAAACCAUAUAUACCACGGACAACGGAUGCAGCAGCUCCCCUCCGUGACACGCGAAGGGCCGCAAUUGUGAAUGCUAUUUGUAAAUCCGACCAUCCGUUACCUAUAAUUGAUCAAAUACGCGACAUUGCACCCGAUAACCCUGCUUUGAACGUGGACAUCGACCUAGUGUUGGACGACCAGGGCCAUACCGCAUUACAUCUUGCUGCAAGCAUGGCCCGACACGCUACAGUGGAGGCAUUAAUUACAAACGGCGCAGAUAUACAUCGAGGGAACUACAAUGGCGAGACGGCGCUGGUUCGGGCGUGCCUUGCCACUCAUAACGCAGACCAGCAAACGUUUCAUUUGCUCGUAGGCGCACUUCAUGGGUCUAUCCGUACCCUUGACUCUUCGCGAAAAUCGGUCCUACAUCAUGUUGUAGCGUCAGCAGGUGUGAAAGGUCGCGCGGUCGCGGCGAGAUACUACCUCGACCAAAUCUUCUACUGGAUCGCGCAACAUCAAAGCGGCGACUUCCGCUCAAUUGUAGACUUACAAGAUGAGCAUGGUGACACCGCGCUCAAUAUUGCAGCUCGAGUAGGAAACAGGAGCUUGGUCCGUACCUUCCUUGAUGUUGGCGCCAACCGCAUCCUGCCAAACAAACUAGGUUUAAGGCCUGGCGAUUUCGGGGUAGAGACAGAGGAGCUGGGUGGAGGGCCCCGCGCCGAGGACAUCCUUGCAUCGCUCAGAUCUGGGCCUUCUGCACCGGUGCUCAAAAGCCAAGAUGUCAUCGCUGAUCUUACGACGAUGGUUCAGACGUUGGGUACCGAUUUUGCAGCGGAGGUCAAGACGAAGCAAGACGGACUGGAUGUUACUCAAGCUCAUCUACGUGCUGCCACGCGCGAACUGUCCGAACAGCGAAAGCAGAUCCAAUCGUGGACUGCACGCUGUGGGGAGAUGGACCAAGUGAAGCAGCGCGCUCGGAAUUUGGAGAAAGCUCUCAGCGAUGAGGAGGCCUUUGACUGGACUGGGCGAACAGAACUUGAUGGCACAGACGCUAGUACGAUCACAGGUCCAGCAUUCAAGCUGCGAGGAGUAGGGUCGACGAUGGCGGGUCUUGGAGGUCCUGUCGACCUCUCUUUCAAUCUAGACACGGAGCCCGCGAUUCCCGGUUCAAAUUCCGUUGCCAGUUUGAUCAAGCUACGAAGGCUCAAGAUGUGGCACGAGCGAGUUGAGAGGCUCAUGGAUGCUCGGUUGCGGCUACUGCAAGGUGCCAGCGCGGAGAAAGAAUUUCAGUGUAAGAAGAUUGUAGCAUUGUGUACUGGUGUACCCAUCGACAAGAUCGAAGAUAUGCUUGAAAAUUUAGUGAUCGCUGUGGAGAGCGAAGCCCAAGUGAUUGAUAUUGGGCGUGUAUCUGGAUUCAUGCAAAAGGUCAAGAACAAUUCCAUCUAA